CUCAAACCUCCUGCUGGGGUCCCGUCGUCAGUUAACUUUAUAAAGACUGCUAACUAACAACACAAACACCACGGGACGCCGGUCUCUGUCUCCAUGGUAACGUUGUCGCGUUGAGCCGCCUGCGAGGGGGCGGCACCGAAGAGGAGAGACGGGUCGUCGGUUUCUUUUCUCCACGCAGAGGCGAAAUCGGUGGAAGAUGCCAUUUCACAACGGAGCCUACUACCCAUUCACCGGUGACACCCAGGGGACCCACUCCUCAGCAGGGAUCCCCUCCCUCCUGAACUCCCCGCUCAGCCAGCACUCUGUAAGCAGCCACUCUGUACCUGCACCAGGCAUGACUCCAUCCAGCGGCGCCUCCACCAUUCUCCCCUUCAAGUUCCGCCCGCGCAGGGAGAGCGUGGACUGGCGGCGGAUCAACGCAGUGGACGUAGAUUUGGUGGUGAGCCAGCUGGAUGUAGACGCCCUGCAGGAGCAUAUCAGCAUGGUGACUUUCUGCAGCUUGGACGGGGAGCGGUGUCAGAGGUGCCAGAGUCCCGUGGACCCAGCUCUGGUCAAGCUCCUACAGCUGGCCCAGCUCACAGUGGAGUGGCUCCUCCACAGUCAGGAAUUCCUCUCGCUCAACCUGCACACGGCCGAGGAGAGGCUGGCGGCGGCUGGAAGGGAUCGCGAGCAGCUGCUGGCUCAGCAUAAGAAGCAGGAGGAGAAGGUGAAGACGCUGAGCGCGGAGCUCAAGCAGAGGAAGAAGGUUAUCCGCACCCAGCAGUCCCUGCUCGCUCCACGAAUCAUCAGCAGCCACAAGUGUCCGCACUGUGAUAAAAACUUCCUCAAUUCCUCCUUUCUCCAGAAUCACCUGCAGCGUCGCCACCCAGACGAGUAUGACAGCCAGCUGCGAUCAGACAGUGAAAAGAAAUCUCAGAUUGAUAGUCUGAAAACGGAGAUCAGCAGUCUGAAGGAGCAGAUUGCUCAGCAGCAGCAGACCUUGAAAGACAAAACAGUUCAAGAAAAAGAGCAGCAGUCCAUGCACAAAGACCUGCUGAGAGAACUGGACCGUUUCAAAGCUGAGGAGAUGGCACGCAUGGACAGAAAGAUAGAAGACAGCAGGGACGGCAUCCGCAGGGAGAUGGAGUUUCUUUACACUCGAAAUAUUCAGGUUUUAAACGAAGCAAACCAGAAUCAGACAGCCAAGCAUGAAAAACCAGCCAGUCCUGUUCACUCACAGCCUGAGAGAGAUCUGCACAGCUACAAAGAAAUGCAGACACAAGCCAUCCAAAAGCUGGAACACCAGCUGAAGAAACAGGACAAAAAGUGGGAGUACAGGCUGCAAGAAAUAAAAGCUCAACACGGCUCAGAAAAGAAUCAGCUGAUGGACGAGCUGAGCAGGAUGCAGUCUCAUGUGGCCGAACAGGAGGAACACAGCCGGAGUCUGCAGCAGGAGAUGGGGAGGAGACUGCAGGAGAAGGAGCAAACCAUCAAGGCCCAGAGAGAGCAGAUAAGAAAUAUAUCCUCAAAUCCUCCCACCAAAGUAGUUGAAGUACCAGUGAUCGUCAGCGCACCGGCUCCGGAGCCUAAACCAAAGAGAGUUGUACUUGAGGAGCCCACCUCUGCUCCUAAGCUGGAUCCUAUACAGGAGCUGUCAGAGGAGGAGAAAGACAGCAGCAUCUCUGAGUGGAGGCCGAUGGAGAAGAAGCCUGACCCCGCGCCGGAGAAGAAGCAGAAGGCGCUGAAGAGGAACCCCAACAUCAAGAAAGAGACGAGACUGCAGCUUGAGCAGGCUGUCAUGGACAAGCUGGAGAACCUGGGAGUCAAACCUGAUCAGAGUGGUCUAAAGAACAAAGAGCUCACUUCUCUUCUGGCUAAGGUGAAUUUGAAGCGGGAGAACAUUGCAAAGGAGAUGCCUGAAUACUGGCGCCAUCGGGACGAUCUGUCCAGCUGUGUGGAGCAGAAGCUCGGGGGGCCGAGGAGAGGCAGCGACCCCGCUCCAGAGUCUGACGCCAGAUCCAGACACACAGUUCAAGUGUUGCAGAUCCGGCCUCGAUCCAGCAGCUUGCCCUCCAGAGCCACCCAGGUGAUGUCCGGACCCGCAGUCAAACAGCCCAAGACCCCUCAGCCGGCACCAAGGACCAAGACCACCACCCAACCCAAGACAUCUACACCCAACACCAAGAGUUCUCUGAGGACCUUCAUAACCAGGACUCCUCCUUUCAGUUCAGACGAGGAAUCUGAAGAAGAGUACACAGACAUGGAGGAGGAACCGCCACAGAAACACCAGAGAGGCAAAACCCUUCAGUCCAGACUAAACCAAGCCCCCACGCACCAAAUCAGAUCAAGCAAACCCAGUCUGGUCCAGGCGAGGCAGCCUCCAACCAGGCACUUGUCCUCCAACCCCCUGCAGUCCCAGCUGUCAGGAGGUGGCGUGACCAAGACUACAGUCACUAAGAUGGAAAGUGAUGACGAUAAAGAUGAUGAUGAUGACUGGUCAGAGGUCAGCGAGCUGCAGGAGAUUGAUCCCAAACAGCUGCAGAGUUUCAAAGACCAGAACGGUAACGUGGAAAAGAGAAACUUUGGAAAAGAGAACAAAAUCAAUGACCUGGUCAGAAAAAUGGAGAAGCAGUUUACAGACAGAUCAGUAAAGAAACCAGCAGGGGGCGUAAGCAUCCUACCAGAGAGGAAGGACGAGGUUGAGGAGCUGACGUACACAGAUCUAGAGGAAAGCAGUGAUUGGGUGGGCUCCUCUUUAGAAGACAGACAUGAGAAGUCUAAACCGGCUCUGAGCUCUGGACCAAUGAGAAAGAGCCUGGACUCACCCAGCACCAGCGUGUGGGGAACCUCUACAGGAAAGGCUCCCAAAUCAGGUCUGACUGACGCUGGAACAGGAAGCACCCUGAAGAGCAGCCUGUGCUCCCUCAGUGACAUCAGCGACUCCGAGGACUUUAGCAAUAAACACUACCGCUGAUCACGUGAUGUAGCGCUACGUCAAGCACAGACACAAAGACCUCAAUAAACUCCUCUGACAUCUGCAGUCAACGCCAAACAGCCAUAUUUUAUUCACACAGGCUAUAACACACACAUGAGCAAUACUGAGUGUGUGGGAUUCAGAAGAUCUUUUAAUAUUUGUAGAAAUAAAUGAGAUUCCAGCUUUUCUUUUCUCAGUCUCACCUUUUGCCUUGUGCCAACUCUUUGUUUGCCUUUAGACCUUUUUCAGUGUUCAUCUUUUAAUAGAUUGUCUUUUUUUAUUCAGUGAAAUACUCCAACUCAGAGUAUGUAGUUUAUGUAAAAAAAAAAAAAAGUUUGUA